AGCUGCUUGCUGCUCCAGCCUUGCCCUCCCAGAGCUGCCGGACGCUCGCGGGUCUCGGAACGCAUCCCGCCGCGGGGGCUUCGGCCGUGGCAUGGGCGCCGCGGGCCUGCUCGGGGUUUUCUUGGCUCUCGUCGCACCGGGGGUCCUCGAUAUCUACUCUUUGGUGACUCAUCUGCUACAUGUAUUAUCUCAGACAAUAUUGUAACCUGGGAUAAUGACAUGCCUUUUAAUGAAUGUGUGCUUUGAACAUAUAUAUGCCACUCUUCUCUGUCUUCUGGAAUGCAGACCAAAGAUGUUAAAUUGAUUCAGGAUUUCCUGUGGCUCUCCUCCUCCUAUCCUAAAUGGCCGGAUUAGUUAUUAUUCUACCCCCAUUGCUGUUGGUACCGUGAUAAGGUACAGUUGUUCAGGUACCUUCCGCCUCAUUGGAGAAAAAAGUCUAUUAUGCAUAACUAAAGACAAAGUGGAUGGAACCUGGGAUAAACCUGCUCCUAAAUGUGAAUAUUUCAAUAAAUAUUCUUCUUGCCCUGAGCCCAUAGUACCAGGAGGAUACAAAAUUAGAGGCUCUACACCCUACAGACAUGGUGAUUCUGUGACAUUCGCCUGUAAAACCAACUUCUCCAUGAACGGAAACAAGUCUGUUUGGUGUCAAGCAAAUAAUAUGUGGGGGCCGACACGACUACCAACCUGUGUAAGUGUUUUCCCUCUCGAGUGUCCAGCACUUCCUAUGAUCCACAAUGGACAUCACACAAGUGAGAAUGUCGGCUCCAUUGCUCCAGGAUUGUCUGUGACUUACAGCUGUGAAUCUGGUUACUUGCUUGUUGGAGAAAAGAUCAUUAACUGUUUGUCUUCGGGAAAAUGGAGUGCUGUCCCCCCCACAUGUGAAGAGGCACGCUGUAAAUCUCUAGGACGAUUUCCCAAUGGGAAGGUAAAGGAGCCUCCAAUUCUCCGGGUUGGUGUAACUGCAAACUUUUUCUGUGAUGAAGGGUAUCGACUGCAAGGCCCACCUUCUAGUCGGUGUGUAAUUGCUGGACAGGGAGUUGCUUGGACCAAAAUGCCAGUAUGUGAAGAAAUUUUUUGCCCAUCACCUCCCCCUAUUCUCAAUGGAAGACAUAUAGGCAACUCACUAGCAAAUGUCUCAUAUGGAAGCAUAGUCACUUACACUUGUGACCCGGACCCAGAGGAAGGAGUGAACUUCAUCCUUAUUGGAGAGAGCACUCUCCGUUGUACAGUUGAUAGUCAGAAGACUGGGACCUGGAGUGGCCCUGCCCCACGCUGUGAACUUUCUACUUCUGCGGUUCAGUGUCCACAUCCCCAGAUCCUAAGAGGCCGAAUGGUAUCUGGGCAGAAAGAUCGAUAUACCUAUAACGACACUGUGAUAUUUGCUUGCAUGUUUGGCUUCACCUUGAAGGGCAGCAAGCAAAUCCGAUGCAAUGCCCAAGGCACAUGGGAGCCAUCUGCACCAGUCUGUGAAAAGGAAUGCCAGGCCCCUCCUAACAUCCUCAAUGGGCAAAAGGAAGAUAGACACAUGGUCCGCUUUGACCCUGGAACAUCUAUAAAAUAUAGCUGUAACCCUGGCUAUGUGCUGGUGGGAGAAGAAUCCAUACAGUGUACCUCUGAGGGGGUGUGGACACCCCCUGUACCCCAAUGCAAAGUGGCAGCGUGUGAAGCUACAGGAAGGCAACUCUUGACAAAACCCCAGCACCAAUUUGUUAGACCAGAUGUCAACUCUUCUUGUGGUGAAGGGUACAAGUUAAGUGGGAGUGUUUAUCAGGAGUGUCAAGGCACAAUUCCUUGGUUUAUGGAGAUUCGUCUUUGUAAAGAAAUCACCUGCCCACCACCCCCUGUUAUCUACAAUGGGGCACACACCGGGAGUUCCUUAGAAGAUUUUCCAUAUGGAACCACGGUCACUUACACAUGUAACCCUGGGCCAGAAAGAGGAGUGGAAUUCAGCCUCAUUGGAGAGAGCACCAUCCAUUGUACAAGCAAUGAUCAAGAAAGAGGCACCUGGAGUGGCCCUGCUCCCCUAUGUAAACUUUCCCUCCUUGCUGUCCAGUGCUCACAUGUCCAUAUUGCAAAUGGAUACAAGAUAUCUGGCAAGGAAGCCCCAUAUUUCUACAAUGACACUGUGACAUUCAAGUGUUAUAGUGGAUUUACUUUGAAGGGCAGUAGUCAGAUUCGUUGCAAAGCUGAUAACACCUGGGAUCCUGAAAUACCAGUUUGUGAAAAAGGCUGCCAGCCACCUCCUGGGCUCCACCAUGGUCGUCAUACAGGUGGAAAUAUGGUCUUCUUUGUCUCUGGGAUGACUGUAGACUACACUUGUGACCCUGGCUAUUUGCUUGUGGGAAACAAAUCCAUUCACUGUAUGCCUUCAGGAAAUUGGAGUCCUUCUGCCCCACGGUGUGAAGAAACAUGCCAGCAUGUGAGACAGAGUCUUCAAGAACUUCCAGCUGGUUCACGUGUGGAGCUAGUUAAUACAUCCUGCCAAGAUGGGUACCAGUUGACUGGACAUGCUUAUCAGAUGUGUCAAGAUGCUGAAAAUGGAAUUUGGUUCAAAAAGAUUCCACUUUGUAAAGUUAUUCACUGUCACCCUCCACCAGUGAUUGUCAAUGGGAAGCACACAGGCAUGAUGGCAGAAAACUUUCUAUAUGGAAAUGAAGUCUCUUAUGAAUGUGACCAAGGAUUCUAUCUCCUGGGAGAGAAAAAAUUGCAGUGCAGAAGUGAUUCUAAAGGACAUGGAUCUUGGAGCGGGCCUUCCCCACAGUGCUUACGAUCUCCUCCUGUGACUCGCUGCCCUAAUCCAGAAGUCAAACAUGGGUACAAGCUCAAUAAAACACAUUCUGCAUAUUCCCACAAUGACAUAGUGUAUGUUGACUGCAAUCCUGGCUUCAUCAUGAAUGGUAGUCGCGUGAUUAGGUGUCAUACUGAUAACACAUGGGUGCCAGGUGUGCCAACUUGUAUCAAAAAAGCCUUCAUAGGGUGUCCACCUCCGCCUAAGACCCCUAACGGGAACCAUACUGGUGGAAACAUAGCUCGAUUUUCUCCUGGAAUGUCAAUCCUGUACAGCUGUGACCAAGGCUACCUGCUGGUGGGAGAGGCACUCCUUCUUUGCACACAUGAGGGAACCUGGAGCCAACCUGCCCCUCAUUGUAAAGAGGUAAACUGUAGCUCACCAGCAGAUAUGGAUGGAAUCCAGAAAGGGCUGGAACCAAGGAAAAUGUAUCAGUAUGGAGCUGUUGUAACUCUGGAGUGUGAAGAUGGGUAUAUGCUGGAAGGCAGUCCCCAGAGCCAGUGCCAAUCGGAUCACCAAUGGAACCCUCCCCUGGCGGUUUGCAGAUCCCGUUCACUUGCUCCUGUCCUUUGUGGUAUUGCUGCAGGUUUGAUACUUCUUACCUUCUUGAUUGUUGUUACCUUAUACAUGAUAUCAAAACACAGAGAACGCAAUUAUUAUACAAAUACAAGCCAGAAAGAAGCUUUUCAUUUAGAAACACGAGAAGUAUAUUCUGUUGAUCCAUACAACCCAGCCAGCUGAUCAGAAGACAAACUGGUGUGUGCCUCAUUGCUUGGAAUUCAGCGGAAUAUUGAUUACAAAGAAACUGCUCUAAUAUCAGCAAGUCUCUUUAUAUGGCCUCAAGAUCAAUGAAAUGAUGUCAUAAGCGAUCACUUCCUAUAUGCACUUAUUCUCAAGAAGAACAUCUUUAUGGUAAAGAUGGGAGCCCAGUUUCACUGCCAUAUAUUCUUCAAGGACUUUCUGAAGCCUCACUUGUGAGAUGCCUGAAGCCAGGCCAUGGCUGUAAACAAUUACAUGGCUCUAAAAAGUUUUGCCCUUUUUAAGGAAGGCACUAAAAAGAGCUGUCCUGGUAUCUAGACCCAUCUUCUUUUUGAAAUCAGCAUACUCAAUGUUACUAUCUGCUUUUGGUUAUAAUGUGUUUUUAAUUAUCUAAAUAAAGUAUGAAGCAUUUUCUGGGGUUAUGAUGGCCUUACCUUUAUUAGGAAGUAUGGUUUUAUUUUGAUAGUAGCUUCCUCCUCUGGUGGUGUUAAUCAUUUCAUUUUUACCCUUACUUGGUUUGAGUUUCUCUCACAUUACUGUAUAUACUUUGCCUUUCCAUAAUCACUCAGUGAUUGCAAUUUGCACAAGUUUUUUUAAAUUAUGGGAAUCAAGAUUUAAUCCUAGAGAUUUGGUGUACAAUUCAAGCUUUGGAUGUUUCUUUAGCAGUUUUGUGAUAAGUUCUAGUUGCUUGUAAAAUUUCACUUAAUAAUGUGUACAUUAGUCAUUCAAUAAAUUGUAAUUGUAAAGAAAACAUACAA